AUGAAAUUCUGCAUAUCUGUGGUACUUUUACUCCUCUUGAACUCAGUGGAAUGUCAAUACCCCCUUCAGACAAAUUUUGGCAAUUUUGAUCCAUUUCCAUUCUGGUCUUCUUGGUAUUUCUGGUACUACUAUAGUCGAAUAUGUAGGACAGAUAUUUAUGGUCGUAUCUGGUGCAGAUGGAACCCAUAUAAUCCAUAUUGGCAACCUUUCCCUGGACCAUUCGGAUCAGCAUUUAGAACGCAAAACCCAUUGAACACUAGAUAA